GGAAGAACAGGAAUAUUAAAGAGGGGAUUUGGAGAGAUGGGGACCGCUUGGUUCGCGGUUUUUGGCGCUUUAGUCAUCGUUUUUCAGGUCUCAUCACCAGAAAUAGCUGCGAGGUCGACAUGUGUGCCUGGAUUUGAGUCAGAGCUGUUGAUUUUCAGAGUGUGCAGGGAACACCUGAGGACGGGCAUGAGACUGGGCAGAGUGGGCUUCACUGACUGCACAAACCGCACAAUAUUUCUUUUCGGCACUGAUGACAAUCGCUUUGGUGUAAAGGCAGAUGGUGUAUUAAUGGUAAACAGAGAAGUUGUUCUUUAUAAUGGACACCAGAAUUUCUUCAUCCACUCAUGGGACUCUCAAGGUCAGAAAAUAACAGUUCCAGUCAGGGUAGUUCAUUAUGAGCAUCACCGUGGACACCAUCAUGGUCAUCAAUGUGGAAAGCACCACAAUGGAGACCACAUAGAAUACAGUCAUCAGCAUCACAGUACUGAAGUGAAGUCUGCUGACCACACAGAGAAUGCCACUGAUCCACAAGCGCAUGUUCUUCAAUUCCCCAAGUCUCUUGGAGGACUGAGGAGGAGGAAGAGAGACUGGGUUAUUCCUCCUCUCAAAGUUUCUGAGAAUCAGAGAGGAACCUAUCCCCUAAAAGUAGCUCAGAUCCGCUCCAAUGAAGAUAAAACAAGGAAGGUCUUUUACAGCAUCACUGGUCCAGGAGCUGAUCUGCCUCCUGUUGGUCGUUUCAGAAUGGACAGAGAGACUGGAAAUCUGUAUGUAACACAGCCACUUGACAGAGAGGAAACAGCCGAAUAUCUAUUUGAAGCACAUGCUGUGGCUGAUGGAGCAGGACAAGCUGAGGCUCCUAUGGAGAUUAUAGUACGUGUGAUCGACCAGAACGACAACAAACCUUAUUUUACGACAGACUACAAAGCAAAUGUUGCUGAGGCCACGACCAUUGGGACUGAGGUGGUUAGGGUUGAGGCCAAAGAUGACGAUGAGCCAAGUACUGACAACUCAGAGCUCCGCUAUCGUAUUCUGAACCAGGACCCACCGCUGCCCACUGACAACAUGUUUGAAAUCAACCCAAUUACUGGAAGCAUCAGAAUCACUGGUAGAGGACUGGAUAGAGAGAAAUAUCCACAGUACACUCUGACAGUACAAGCAGCAGAUAUGGCAGGAGAAGGGUUAACUGGACAAACAAAAGUCAUCCUCACGGUGACGGACAGCAAUGACAACAUUCCAGUCUUCACUCAGAAAUCUUAUAGUGCGACAGUUGAUGAAAACAAAAAGGAUGUUGUGGUGGUUAAGAUGAUAGUAACAGAUGAGGAUGAACCACAAACUCCAGCCUGGAACGCCAUCUUCAAGAUCGUCAGUGGUGAUCCUGAUGGACUUUUCACAGUAAAAACAGGAACUAACAAACACGAAGGAAUCCUUUCUACUGCAAAGGAGCUGGACUUCGAGAGGGCCAGCAAGCACACUCUGUUGGUUUCAGUGGAGAAUGAGAUUCCUUUUGCUCCUGGUGUUUCUGUGGUCACUUCUACCACCACAGUGGUGGUGAAUGUGAGAGAUGUGAAUGAAGCUCCAGUCUUUGAUCCAAAGGAGCUUCUUGUGGUAAAACCAGAGGACCUUCCUGUGGAUGAAGUUGUGGUGCAGUACACUGCUUCAGACCCAGACACUGCACGCAAGCAGAAAGUCACGUACAAAAUGAUUAAUGACCCUGCAGGCUGGCUGAAUGUGGACAAGGACACAGGUCUUAUUAAAGUGAGAAGAUUCAUGGACAGAGAAGCUCCUUUUGUCACAAACAGCAGAUACAUCGCAAACAUUGGUGCAUGUGAUGAUGAUGCUGUCCCGGCUACAGGAACUGGUACCCUGAUCAUUCAGCUGGAAGAUGUCAAUGACAAUGCUCCGUUUAUUGAAGAGCGUGAAAUCACGGUGUGCAACAAGGAUCCAGCUCCUCAGCUGCUGUCAGUAACAGAUAAAGACGGACCAGAAUUUGGACCUCCCUACUCGGUGUCUUUACAGGGCAUGUCAAAGACCAACUGGACCGCUAGGAUGAACGACACCAGAACAGGGGUCAUCUUAAAUUUAGGCACUGAGCUGCCCAGUGGAGAUUACAGUGUUAUACUAAGAGUGGCAGACAAGCAUGGCCUGGAGCAGGACAGCAUCAUCAAAGCUGAAGUUUGCCACUGCAAGGGCAAGGGAGCAGAGGCGACAUGCACAGACCGUGCUAUAGGUGGCAGCAACCUGCCCCUUAUCCUCGGAAUACUUGGAGCCAUCCUGCUGCUCGCACUGGUGCUGCUAAUGCUGCUGUUUGCAAAACAGAGGAAAAAGGACAAAAAGAAGCCACUGCUGCUAGAUGAUAGUGUCAGGGACAACAUCUAUUACUAUGAUGAAGAAGGAGGUGGAGAGGAUGAUCAGGACUAUGACUUGAGUGUUCUCCACCGUGGUCUGGACAACCGGCCUGAGGUGUUAAGAAGUAACGUGGUGCCAAACUUCAUGCCUGCUCCUCAGUACCGACCUCGGCCCACCAACCCAGAAGAUAUGAACAACUUCAUUGAAGAUAACCUGAAGGCUGCAGACAACGACCCAACAGCACCCCCUUAUGACUCCCAGAUGGUAUUUGACCAUGAGGGAGGUGGUUCUGAUGCAGGAAGUCUCUCCUCUUUGAACUCUUCAAGUAGUGGAGACCAGAACUAUGACUGCCUCAGUGAGUGGGGCCCUCGCUUCAAGAAACUGGCCAACAUGUACGGAGGAGGAGAAGAUGAUGAUAUGCUGUAAUCAUACCACAUGGCAUGGCCUCAUGUUUCAUUCAAAGCAAGCCAGAAGGGACUUUCAACUACACAUUAGUGUUUUGUCUUGUUUUUCAUAGAUAUAUAUAUAUGCAUUGUGGUUUGCCUUCUCACUGAAAUGCCAUUAUCAGUUAUCGGCCACUGCUGAGAAGCCAAAGGAUGAGCGCUUUUGUUUUGUUGUUUUUGAAUUUCCUGUUUUGAUUGCAUUAGGCUCUGUAUGCCUUUUUUACAUCCCUGUUUGACCUGCAGGCUGAACACAUAAAUACUUUGGUAGUUUUCUGUUGAAUGAGUGCUGGAGCCAUGUGUUGCCUUUUUCAUAGGGUUUGUGUUUCUGGUCUCUAUCUGUUUAAUAAGUACUCUUGUGUAUUUUCAUUUUUUCAUUUGAACACAAUAACACACUUUAGUUCCUGAUCAGCCAUUAUAUAUAUCCGUGUGUGUCAUUUCCUGUUUAGGUCAGUUAUGUUUGUUUGGGCAGUCAUUUGGUAAGUUUGCAGUUCUUUGCCUGAGUUUAGUUUUGUUUCUUUGACCUCUUUUAUGAGCUCAACAUUUAUUACUUUUGUAAAUAUAAUUUUUUGGUUAAAUAAAUGGAAACCCUAUUUUUCUGAUAAUUCCUGUGACUCCUCUCGUCCAUCACAGACAGUAAUCUAACCUUUGAUAAACAGAUUAAUGCUGUAAUCAAGACCCGUUUCCUUCACCUCUGGCUACUUGCAAAAGUGAAGCAAUUCCUCUGUUUUAGAGACUCUGAGAGAGCUAUCCAUGCUUUCAUUUCAUCUCACCUCAACUUUUGUAAUAGUCUUUACUCAGGUGUCAGUCUGUCAUCAGUUAGCUGCCUGCAGCUGGUCCAAAAAGCUGCAGCAUGGUUACUAACUGGCACGACAUAUCUCACAUACUAGCAUCCUUACACUGGCUGCCAGUUAGUUUUUGAAUUGAUUUUAAGAUUUUAUUAUUCGUUUUUAAGGCGUUGCACGUGUUAGCACCCUCAUAACUUUAUGAUCUUUUAAAUUGGUACACUCCUGCAAGAUCACUGAGCCCUGCAGUUCAAAUGCUCCUGGCUGUCCUGAGGUCCAGAUUAAAGCACAGAGGUGACCGGGCCUUUGCUGUGACUGCUCCUAAAUUGUGUAACAAAGUGCCCCUUCAUGUCAGGGCCUCCUCAACAUUAGACACUUUCAAAACGCAUCUGAAAACCCACUUUUAUUCCUUGGUUUUUAAAUCAGAAUGAUUUUGUACUACUUUUGUCUUGUUUCUUACUCAAAUCUUCUCAUUUCAUGCUUCUUUUUCUUAUUUUUUUGUCGUGUAUUUAUAGAGAUAAAAAUCUUU